UCUACCUUAUCUUCCCAAAUCUCUGGUCUUCCCGCGUUCCAGCUAGCAGUUCUUCCCCUGCGUCGACGACAGCAGCAGCUCCGGACGGCCGUCGGGUGUUCUCCUCGACCACGUACGUACGCACGCAGCGAAGCAGCGGGGGUUUGCUCUGGCGCCAUGGCGGCGGCGGCGGCGGGGGCCCACGGCGCCCUCUUUCCCGCGCGCUGCCGCUGCCGGAUGAUGACGCCGCUGCCGCCUUCGGUGUCGGCGUCCCUGCUGCAGCCGCCGCGCCGCGGGAGGAGGAGUAGGAGGAAGGCGUGCUCCGCUCCGUCCCUGCUGCGUCUGGGGGAGACGGCGGCAAGGACGAUGAUGGGGCGGCGGCGCGGGGCGGCGGGGUUGUUCCGGGUGCGGGCGGCGGCGGGGGGAGUGGAGAUCGCCACCGCGGUGGAGGUGAUCAACGACCUGGGGUUCGACACGCUCACCUUCCUCGGCGUCACCGUGCUCGUCGUCCCGGCCUUCCGCGUCGUCAAGGCUAGCCCAAUCCUCGGCUUCUUCUGCGCCGGCGUCGUGCUCAACCAGUUCGGCCUCAUCAGGAACCUCACCGACGUCAAGCUCCUCUCCGAGUGGGGCAUCCUCUUCCUGUUGUUUGAGAUGGGGCUGGAGCUCUCCCUCUCUCGUCUUAAAGCCCUCGCCAAGUUCGCCUUUGGGAUGGGUUUGCCUCAGGUUCUUUUGUCAACGCUUGCUUUCGCGGCGUUUGAGCUUCCACCUAAUGGUGCUAUUGGGACAAAAAUCUUGCAGUUCCUCUUCAAUUCAAGACCUGAUCUGGUGAAUAUCAGGAGUGUUGAUGAAGCAAUAGUAAUUGGAGCUGCCCUCUCAUUAUCUUCGUCUGCUUUUGUUCUUCAGCUUCUUGCUGAGAAAGGUGAGCUUCCAACAAGAUUUGGUUCAGCCACACUGGGAAUCCUCCUCCUUCAGGACAUUGCGGUUGUUCCUCUCUUGGUCAUACUCCCUGUACUAGAGAGUCAGAAUGUUGUGUCACAAAGUGUGUGGCCUAUGCUAGUAGCUGAAAGCUUAAAAGCACUGGGUGGACUUGGCAUACUCUCCCUUGGAGGGAAAUACUUCAUCAGGCGCAUCUUUGAGUUUGUUGCAGAGUCGAGGAGCUCAGAAGCAUUUGUCGCCCUCUGUCUUCUCACCGUUUCAGGAACCUCACUUGUCACCCAGUGGUUGGGCUUUAGUGAUACAUUAGGUGCUUUUCUGGCCGGGGCCCUCCUUGCAGAAACAAACUUUCGUACACAAAUCGAAGCUGACAUAAGGCCAUUCAGAGGCCUGCUGCUUGGAUUGUUCUUCGUGACUACUGGAACUUCAAUCGACAUGCAGCUUCUCAUCCGGGAGUGGCCUAAUGUUCUAUCGCUGUUGGGAGGCCUUAUUGCAAUCAAGACAUUGAUAACUACUGCAUUAGGGCCAAGAGUCGGACUAACUCUUCAAGAAAGCAUAAGGAUAGGACUGCUGCUUUCUCAAGGAGGCGAGUUCGGGUUUGUGGUAUUUUCUUUGGCAAACAGGCUUGGAGUCCUACCGCUUGAGCUGAAUAAGCUGCUCAUUAUUGUUGUUGUGCUGUCAAUGGCAUUAACUCCGUUACUGAAUGAUGUUGGAAGAAGAGCAGCAGGCAUCAUCGAGGAGAGAUCUGAAACAAAAGAAAAACCAACUGAGGUGGCAAAUUAUGGUGCGACUGAACCUAUCGUCAUUCUUGGUUUUGGAGAAAUGGGACAGGUCCUUGCAAAGUUUUUGGCCGCACCAUUAUCUUUUGGGCUGGAACAAGAUUCUGAAGGAUGGCCAUACGUCGCAUUUGAUCUAAAUCCUGCUGUUGUAAAGUCAGCUAGGAAAUCAGGAUUUCCAGUUUUAUAUGGAGAUGGUUCACGGCCGGCUGUCAUGCAAUCUGCUGGCAUAUCUUCUCCUAAAGCUGUCAUGAUCAUGUAUACCGGGAAGGAAGAAACAGUUGAGUCUGUCGACAGAUUGCGACAAGCUUUUCCCGCGGUUCCGGUCUAUGUUAGGGCACAAGACAUGUCGCAUUUGUUAGAUCUAAGGAAAGCAGGUGCAACAGAUGUUGUUCUGGAAAAUGCUGAGACUAGCUUGCAACUAGGUUCGAUGCUUAUGAAAGGGCUGGGGGUCAUGUCUGAUGAUGUAUCCUUCUUGAGUAAGCUUGUGAGAGACUCGAUGGAGGUACAAGCUCAGGAAGCACUCAACAACAUCAAGGACCGAGAAGAUGAUACCAUGCAGUCACUUCAGGUAAGAGUAUCAGACCUAGUUGAGCCCAACGGGAACGGUUCUGGAAUGUUACCCCGGCAGCAAUCGCUAAGUCUAAGUAGCCGCCCAGAGGUACGGGUGAUGAAAGCUCCUCCAGAGAACGUCAUACCUGAUCUGAAUUCCAAAUUAGAAUCUGAAGACGGUGUGAAAUAUUGUCUCCUGGAAACCGCCGAUGAUGACAAGACGGUGGAGCCUCCAGCCGAAGCAAGGAGAUGAUGGACCAAUCUGUGUGACAACUAAGGCACAAGUUAAAAGUGAAAGAGACCCAACCUCUGGUCUUCUGGCAGGAUCAAGUUCAUAGGUAGCUCUCUAGCUUGUACAGCACGUCUGAAGUCUGAAGCACUGAAACUGGAAGGCACGAUUUGUGGAUAUGAUGAUCACGUCACAAACCGCAUUUGCAUUCUGAAAUUUGCAUCUCGCAAGUUGAAAACCACACAGGCAAAUUGAAAUUGGCAGCUGCAUUGCAAAAGUUUGAGACAAAUUGAAACUGUACUAGUAUAUCAAAGAUUUGGAAUUCUGAACAGCAUUUUCUGCAGGGCGAUAUGUGCAAGUUGAAGUCACCUGUAUGGCAGAUACUUGUUUCUUCUAUCACAUUUUUUUUUCUGAUUUCUGUUGCAUACUCUCAAACAUUCAUGUAAAGAUUCUUGUACAACGGCACAGAAAAUUGACUAGUGUAUACUAGACCAGACAUUUAUCAGUUAUCAUCUCUGUAGACUGUCGCAACAGGUAACCUUUUCUGUAUAAA